CAGAGUAGAAGUAUCACUUAGAUCAAUUGAACGUUUUCCUUUUACGGGAGGAGCAGUUGCAUGUGGGCAGGAUUAUUCUCCCGUAUCAGGCCAUUUUCCGGUCUAAGGCCUAAUUCUUUGUCGAUUGUCACUAUUAGGCGAAAUGCCUCAAAAAUGUCUUGUCAGCAAAAUUAUUCAUCUCCUGAGCCCUUGGUUGUGGUCAUGGGCUCAACAGGAACAGGCAAAUCCGACUUGGCCGUAGAAAUCGCCCACCGCUUCAACGGCGAGAUCAUCAACGCGGACGCCAUGCAGAUGUACGAGGGUCUGCCCAUUAUUACCAACAAGAUCACCCCGGAGGAGCAGCGUGGCGUGCCCCAUCACCUCCUCGGCAUGAUCGGCCUCGAGGAGCCGACGUGGAACGUCCAUCACUUCCGCAGGAAGGCCGGCAGCAUCAUCCGCGAGAUCAGGAGCAGGGGUCACCUGCCCGUCCUCGUCGGCGGCACUCACUACUACCUGGAUGGACUGCUGUUCGACCACAACCUCGUCGCCGCCCCGCCGUCCGAGGAGGGUGAGAAGGACCAUCCAGCAGCAGACGCCCCCGCUACGUCAGCUUCUCGUGACCCGGCCCUCGAGGAGGCGUCGACCGAGGAGUUGAUGGCCCGGCUGCGCGAGGUCGACCCCGUCGAAGCAGACAGGCGACACCCCAAGGAUAGGCGAAAGAUCAUGCGGUCCCUGGAGAUAUACCUGACCACUGGCCGACGGGCGUCCGACAUCUAUGCCGAGCAAAGGGAGACCAAGGCAAAGAUGCAGCAGCAACGGCCGUCCGAGGGCGAACAAUCGACACAGCAGGACCAUGCACCCGUCUUCUUCUGGGUGCACUCGGAACGCGGUGUCCUGAACGAUCGCCUCGAGCGCCGUGUGGACAAGAUGCUUGAUAACGGCCUCAUCGAAGAGACGCGCCAGAUGUACACCUACCUGCGCCGGGCGACCAUGGAUGGCAUCACCAUAGAUCGGACGACGGGCAUCUGGCAGUCGAUCGGUUUCAGCGAGAUCGAACCGUAUCUAGACGCCCUGCAUAGGCAGGCCGAGGGUGAAAGCGUCGACGAACAGGAGCUGGAAGCCCUGAAGCUCGCGGGUGUGGAUUUGAUCAAGCAGGCAACCAGACGGUAUGCUAAGGGUCAAGUUCGCUGGAUCACCCACAAGACCUUACCCCUGAUCCAAGACGCAAACAUGCUUCCCAACUUGUUCCUGAUGGACAGCAGCGACGUCACGCGUUGGUCACCCGAAGUCGUCGACAAGGCCCUUAACAUAAUGGAGAAGUAUCUUGGCGGAAGCGCGCUGCCUGAGCCAGCUGAGGUGUCCGAGGCGGCCCGGGAGGUUCUCGGUAGCGUCAUUGCGUCUAGCAACCAAAAGGAGACUCCAUGCAACAAGACGUGCGAAGUAUGUCGCAUCACGGUACUUACUGAGGAAAAGUGGCUUGUCCACAUCAGAGGUCACCGCCAUAAGCGGGCAGUCAAGUCUGCCAACAAAAGAGCGUUUGUUGCUGCCUAUUUGGAGGGUAAAGGAGGAGGUGCAGCUGAGAAAAUACAGGACGAGGACGCCGAUAUACCAGUCGCUAUCCGUUUUGAGGACAACCAGUAAUACAAGAUGAAAAUAGAAUAAAACGCGAUGGACAAAACCUAGAGUUUCCUGUCAUAAACUCGCGAUAACAUGCCAUUGCGGUAGUUUUUGCGAGGUAUCAACACCGCUGGAGUAGCACAGUUGCCGAAGAGAGACGUUUUGCAAUGAGUCGAAAGGUCAACAUGACAGCUAUCAGGUUAACCAUAAAACAGGCAUUCCCCUACACACUACCUCCGGUUGCAUGCGUCGAGAAUCUCGUAUAUCCGCAAUUCCAGC